AUGGGAUCAGAGAUACUAACUCAGUCAACCGGGACUGGUACCAGUGCAGGUCAGGUAAGUCAGUCACCAAUCACUGAAUCACAACCAAAAUCAAGUUCAUCUGCAACUGAUCAAUCCAGUAGUGGUAGUGGUACUGAGGGAACAGUAGUUACCAAAUCAGUAGAACCUACCAAGGUUACCCUAGAUAUUAACUCCAGUCAGGGCACUAAUCAAUUUGACUAUACCAAGAGUGAUAAAAUUAACACUUUCAGAGUCAAGGAUGGCCAUGUGUUCAGUAAGGUAACUAAGGGAACUACUGAUAUUUGGGACUCUAAGGGAGGUGAAUGUGGAACUAAAGUUAUAUUUAUUGAUGAGAAUAAGAAAUAUGUGUCAAUCCUACUGACAAAUAAUAUGUUCUUAUUAUUUCAUCUGGAGUCUGGUCAAUGGAAAGACAUCACCUCUACCAAGCAUGAUAUUACCAGACUUAAAUUCUUUGGUGAUAAUGAUGCUACUCUAUGUCAGAAUGACUACGACGUUACUAUCGCAGAUUACUCGUAUAGAUUCACUUUGAAAGCUGGAGUCAACUGUAAGAAGAUCAAGUAUGCAGAUGACGACCUUUGGAAAGACACUGACGACUCUGAGUUUGCUGAGAUAACUGCGUUUGAUCUUGGUCUUAUAUCAAACAGUUUCUUUGUGAAGAAUAAAACUAAAUUUAAGAAACUAGAUUUUAAUCCGACUCAAGCAAAGGGAGGUCCAGUAACACCUGAGGGUGAGGCAAUCACUGCCACGAGUGCUCAACAAACUGGAUCUGUCAUCCUAGCUGAACUUCCACCAGAAAAGGCUUCUGUUACAGUUCUGUCUCCUACUGGCAGACCUAGACCUAGUAAAACUCCUGAGGUGUCUACUGGUAGUAGGACCGCUAUUACACUCAACAUAGGAGAAAGGGAAAGUAAUAGCGCCAUUGAGUUUAAAGAGGAUUAUCUCAAAAAUGUUACCGUAUUUAGUGCCAAGGAAAAAUACGUGUUCAAUAAAAUCAUUAAGACUGGUGGCUCCAACUGCUGUGGCUCUAGGUGCUGUGACUCUGAGACAGUCAUUUGGCAGGCCAAGGAUCAAACUGAGCAUUUUCAUACAGUCUAUGUUGAUGGUCUCGGCACAUUUUCUAGUACCAGCAAUUUGAGUCUUCAUCUUUGUAAUGGGACCUUUAAGCACUUUAAUAAGCCGUCAUGUGGAAACUGGACUCCGUCUCCAGGAGUCGUAGAUCUUGAUCUAAAGAUUUCCAAUAGUAAUAUCCAAGUUGAUUUCUUUCAGAAGGAUAACUUUAGGAUAUAUGUAGCUAAACCUGGUUACACAAUCAGAAAGGUUGUGAAGAAAGACACGAAUAUCUGGGCUGCCAAACCAGAUGAUCAUGCACUUAAGGUAGUGCUCAUGGGCUCUAAGAAAGAACCAAAACACCUUGCUGUUCUUAAGAAGAGUGGCGGACUUACUCUCCUAUCCAAGAUUGGUAAGGGUGAGCCUUGGGAGGAUAUAACCUCUAGUAAGAAUAAAAUUACUGAUCUAAAGAUGUACGCUAUGGCUGAUGAUAAAGAGACAGUGGAGCUUCAUAGAGGACAUUACUCCAUAACCUUGUUUAACGGAUUUUAUGGUUAUGUGUUCUAUGAUGGAGUUGGCUGUGUGAAGGUUACCCAUAAGGGUAAGAAUAUUUGGGACCUGAGGGAGGAAGGUGACUUUGGUUGCUUGAAGGGAGUCUUCCUUGAUUUAAAAUCUAAUAAGUUUAACGUCAUGAAUGAUGAUGAUAGGUGCUGGGUAUGUGAACAGGUGAGAAAGGUUAAUCCUGUCACCCUCGACGUCAGCAGUAAGGCCAGUACUGACGACUUUGAUUUUACUAUCGAUCAUAACAGAAACAUUAUGGUCUACACUUCCAAGGGUAACGCAAUGUUCUACCAGGUCAUUAAGAAGAGUAGCACCAAUUGCUGCGGAUCCACUUGCUGUGAUUCAGAGACUGUGAUCUGGGAAACGAAUGAUCCCAAAGGCUAUGCCAGCAAGGUUUUUGCUGAUGGUGUAGGUGCCUGUAGCAGUACCAAAAACGUUAGCAUAUACCUGUUGAAUGGUGAUAUCUUGCACUUUGGAAAGGGUGGAAGAAAUAAACCGUGGAAGCCUUCUGUUCACAAAAUUAUCCUUGACGUCGAUAAGACUUCUAGUACCAUUGGUUAUGACUUUGUCCAUCAUGGUGAGACGAGGACUUUCACUGUAAAACCUGGAUACCAAUUCAAAACCGUAAAGCUCGGCAGUUCGUGGAAAUGGCUGGUGUGUGGUUCGAGUUGUUGUAAUUCAGGAUGUCUUGGAGAUCAUAUUUUUUGGGAGGCAGAAAGGGAUGAGGAGUGGUCAAACAUGGUCACGGUCUAUGGUGUGGAAACGAAUGUUAAGAACGUUAACAUAUUCCUCAACAAUAAUCAGGUUAAGCAUUUUCACAAAGCCGACAAGAAGUGGGUCUCAAAAACCACCAUUGUCCUUAAUAUUGAGAAGAAUACGGAUAAUGACCUAUUUGAGUAUAGAUCCACCAGAAACUUCGGUCAUUUCAAUCCUAAGCCCAAUUUGACAAUCACCAUGAUUGUAAAAUCAACCCUGAAGAUCUGGACUGCUGAACCGGACGAUCAUGGCCUCAAGGCAGUACUCAUGGGUUCCGGUAAGGAUGAGAAAUUCCUGUCCAUUCUGCUACAGAGUGGUAACUUUGUACUUCUUAGGAAGUGUGGUAAAGGUGAAUGCUGGGAAGAUAUCACUAAGGAAAAGAGUGAUUUCUCUGGUAUCAAGAUGUACUCCCUGGAAGAAGGUACAUCCAACUAUCAUCUCCUGACUGAGAAUGAUUAUGAUGCAAUAAUAUUCGAGUCAAGAUAUGGUUAUGAGUUUAAAGAUGGAGUCAAGUGUGUUAAGAUCACAUACAAUGAUAAGUUACUUUGGUCACACACUGAUGAUCCUGAGUUUGGAUACCUGAAGGGCCUAUAUCUAGAUCUUCCUAAAGACCAGUUCAGUGUCACAAAUCUUAAAGAUCAGACAAAGCAACUUACCAAAGCUAAAGUUACCAAAGUCACUCUUGACAUUAAUAAGAAGGUCAGUACCAGUGACUUUGAGCACUCUGAGAGUCAUGACUUUCAUAAAUACACAGCUAAGUUUUGCCGGGUAUUUUCUAAGGUGGUACAGGAUACAACGGAUAUUUGGGAUUCUGGAGAUGAUGUAUUUGGAACCUCAGUUGGAUUUACGAGUAAGGAUGGCCAGAAUUAUGUAGUUGUUUUACUUGACAACGGUAAUUUCAAGUUGUUCCGUCUAGAUGCUGGUAACUGGACCGAUAUCACCUCAAGUAAGUUCGAUGUGAAGAUGCUUGAGUUCUAUGACAAGAAUGAUAAUGAGCUGACUUCAUCUAACUACACAGUUGAAUUACUCGGCCAUAGCAGUUGCUUUACCAUCAGUUAUGUUUUUGAUAGAGGACCCAAGUGUACGACUGUUUCGUACGGAUAUGAUAUUGUUUAUUUCAAAAACAUGUUUUCUUGUUAUAAAACCAUCAACAGAUUUGAUUUUAAUCCUGUUUCAAACACUUUCUAUGCCGUUAAGAACUGUUGUGAUUGGAGAACAAUCGAUUAUAAACCUCCACAUUCUCGAACCAAGGUCACUCUUGACAUUGAUAAGACGGAGACUACUGAACACUAUGAGUACUUUAAGGAUGAUGACUGUGAAAAAUACAGUGCUAAGACUGGGUGUGUUUUCAGUAAAGUAUCUAAAGGUACCACUAACAUUUGGGAAUCCAUUGAUGAUGUCUUUAGUACCUUAGUAAGGUCUAAGACUAAGGAUGACGGGAUAUAUUUGGCUGUCCUACUUACUAACAAUAUGUUCAAAUUAUUCCAUCUAGAGUCUGGUAAGCCUUGGGCCGACAUCACCUCUGAGAGACACGAUGUUACUAAACUCAAAUUCAUUGAUGAGAGUGAUACUGAACUAAAGGCAUCAGACUUUAAGGUUACCAUAGUCGAUUACGCAUAUCAAUUCACGUUUAAAUCUGGAGUGAGCUGUAGAAAGAUCAAACUAGAGGAAUACGACGUUUGGAAGCCUGGUGAUGAUCCCAAGUUUUCAACGAUCAGGAAAUUUCAACUUGGUCUUAUUUCUAACAGCUUCUUUGUCAUUAAUAAUAAUAAUGAAUCGAAAAAACUAGAAUUCAAACCAACUCCUGAAACGGCAGUUGUGAUAACUAAAGUGUCUGUUACCAAACCAGCUGUCACACAUGUUACUCUGGAUAUCGAUAAGACUGAGAGUACUAAUGAGUUUGACUACACUGAUCAGAAUGGUGUCAUCACUUAUGCUCCUAAGGAUAACCACGUGUUCAGUAAGGUAUCUCAGGGUACCACUGAUAUUUGGGAGUCCUCUGAUGAUGUCUUUGGCACCUUGGUUAGGACUAAGACUACCAAGGGUGUUAAAUUCCUAGUUGUCUUACUGACAAAUAAUAUGUUCACAUUAUUCCAUCUGGACGGUAAUGAGUGGAAGAAUAUAACUUCUGAUAGACAUGAUGUUACUAUGCUCAAGUUCCUCGGUGAGAAUGACGCUGAGAUAACCUCGUCUGACUAUUCAGUUAGUAUUGUUGAUCUAUCAUUUACUUACAUAUUUAAUUCUGGAGUCAAAUGUAAGAAGAUCAUGUUAGCAGAUGAUGAAGUUUGGAACCACACUGAUGAUGCUAAGUUUUCAGAUAUAAAGUCAUUUUCACUAGGACUUGCGUCAAACAGUUUCUUCGUUAAGAACCAGUCUGAUCAAGUCAAGAAGAUAGAAAAGGAGGCUGAGAUUCCAGAACCUGAGGCUCCAGAAGAGACUAAACCAGCUACUCCACCUGUCACUACUCCAGAGACUAAGCCCGUUACUCCACCUAAAGCUCCAGAACCUAAGGCUCCCGAAGCUCCACCUGUCACUGAGCCUACUCCAGUCGCUAAACCAGUUACUAAACCUGUCAUUUCACUUAAAGCUCCUACACCUGAACCUGAAUCAGUCGUUACUCCCGUGGCCAGACCCUUUGCUCUUGAUAUCGAGAAGACUGAGUCUACUAGUCAGUACAACUAUACUGAACAUAAUGGAGUUGUCACUUACAGUGUUAAGUCUUGGCAUGGAUUCAACAAGAUUACUCAAGGCAGGACUGUUAUUUGGGAAUCCACUGAUCUUUGUGGUAUAUUGGUUAGGACCAAGCUAUUCAGUAAUAAUGAAAGAUUUUUGGCCAUGAUACUUUAUAACAAUACUUUCAAGUUGUUCAGUCAGUCCGACAGGGAUACUACAUGGAAAGACAUAACCAACACCAGACUCGAUGUCACCAAAUUGAAGUUCCUAAGCCAUAAUGAUCGUGGAUUGAGGAAUGUUGACUUUACAGUUUCCCUUGUUGACUUCUUUUAUAGCUUUAACUUCAGAAAUAUAGUCAAAUGUAGGAAGGUUAUGUAUGCCAAUCAGGAUGUUUGGAUACAUACGGGCUAUAGGGAUUUUUCAGAAAUAAGUACAUUUUAUUUCGGUAUCAUUUCAAACCGUUUCUUUGUGAGGAACAAGUAUGGCCGAUUUAUGAAGUUAGAAAAGAAGCUUGAGGUUUCCAGGACUGCCGUGCCUACUCAACAGCCCGCGGAGCCUACUAAACAACAAACUGCAGAAACUGAACAACAACAGCCUGCAGAGCCUGCAGAGCCUGCAGAGCCCACACAGCAAGCUACAUCUACUCAACAAUCCACUGAAGCUGAAGACUCUGCCCAGGCAGAAUCCGCCGAGACUGACACCUCUGCUCAACCUGCUAAACCCAACCAGCCUGCAUAA